CAAGAUGCCUUCAGAUCCUGCUUUUUUGGAAACGCACUAAUAGCGUCGCUCCAUGGCUCCUCUAACUGACUCUCAUUCUUGUUCGAUCAGUUUGUGUCCACAAACCUACUGUAUCAUAUCUCUUUCCUAGUCCCGAAUAAAAAUUUCGCUUGUCGCCAUAUUCUAAUUACUUUGAAACUACUACUGUUACCUCCUGAAUCACCUGUAGAAGCAAGUUCGAACAAACUUCCUUAACCAUGACCUCCCCGUUGUCCACCGGUCCAGCCACCGCGUUCCUGCGCCAACUACCCGUCGCAGCGAAGGAGGGGGGUGUGCUCGUCACCCGUGACAAUUUUGACCGGCUGAAGCCUCUGAAGAACUUUGACGAAUUGUUGGCGCAGGCGAGCGAUGAUAUCCCGGCUUUUGACGUCAAAGCCUUUCAGGAGGUGAACCAGCUGUCGGACGAAGCUGCUGACAGUAACAAAACGAAAAGCAAGAAUAAAAGCAGUGACUUCUCUUCGGUGACUGCUCCUCAUGAGCUCAAUUCAUCUCUCCAGCGGGCCAUUCGGGACGCUUCGGGCGGCGGCCCUGCUGCGCAGCCGACUCUUGUCCGUGGGGCGAAGAAGAACCAAAACAAGCCAAAGAGGACUGUGAACGGCAAGCCAGUGAAAGAGAUCUUGGACAAUAUAGCGAAGAAAAAUCAGCAAGCAGGCGCUGCGGGCCAGAUCGAUUUUUGCGGAGUUACACUCGCAGCGAAUAAAAAUAGUAGUGCGUUUCAUAAGAACACGCCAACAUUUUUAUCGUAAGGAAAAAUCCCCCCUCCCCAUAUCGAAAACGUAUCCGUCUGAAAAUUUGCGAUGCGCAUUUGCGACCUCAAAUCCUGUCUGUCUUGCAAGAAGGCAAGUCCAGAAAGCGUUCCGCAUUUUGCAGGCGGUUUGUCAUGCUGUUUGGCUUAGAGCAUACACGUUUGUCAUGCUAGGCGCCUACGUCAAAACCUCUCGACUGAGGCUUGACAUAUGCCUGCACUCCUCUACUGCAAGACAAAUCUGAUUUGUGUAUGGAAAUCCAGCAUCAGAAACUUCGUUUCGAUAUGGGGAGGGGGGAUUUUUCCUUUUGAUAAUUUUACCGCGUCACGCCGGACCAUAUUCUCCUGGACACGCAUAUGGAUGUGUCAGGAUCGAAAUCGACAAAAUCGAAAUAAUUUGUGAUGCAUAAAAUGUAGGACACUGAAGGCCUGCAUUGGGGAGCAGGCAAAUGAGACCGAUUGCAAGCCUGUUUAGGGAGAGGCGAUAUGCUGCCAGAGUAGCACGACAGGAGCAACCUUCUUUGCCCAAACAGCAUGACAGACUGGAUGUGGGUGCUCCCGGAAUUUGUCAUGCGCCACUUGGAAACUGAGGCUCCAACUGGCAUCGAUUUUGUGCGUCACAAAUUUUUCGACUUUGUCCAUUUCGAUUCUGACACUUCCAUAACGCAGCUGGAGCGUGCCAGGAAGGCCGUAGCGACGGUGGAAGAAAAACAGAACCUCGCGAAACAGUUGCGAGAGGAAAAGAAGAGUACAAAAAAUUCGAAAGCGGGAGUUCUUGCCCAUAGUAGUACGAAGGAGAAGAACUCGCAUCAAGAUGAACUGGCCAACUUUGCAGAGAUGUGGCGCGCGCGCGACAAGGCCUUGACGGAGCUCGAGGAACUCGGAAUGCUCGACGGCGAGGAGUUGUUGCGCAAAGCAGACCGGCCCGAGUAUUCCUACUACAACGGAGCAACGAUGAUGGGAGGUGGCAUUCCGAUAGCGCCUGGCCAGAAGCCUGCUUCCGCGGAGGAUGGCAAAAACCCGAGUCGGCUGUUCUCGUACGCGCUGAACUUCAAGCGGAUCGAGGAGUUGUUGUCCAACGAGGCCCUCCGAUUGCAGGACCGCCUGGACGCCAUGGAAGAGAAGCAGAUGCAGCAGUCCGAUGAAACCGAGGGGGGAGUCAACGCGCUGCUGCCCUCCCUUAGCGUGGAGGUGCGGACCCUCGUGGGCGACCUGUGCUUCCACAUGAAGCAGGCGGCCUUCACGGAGACCAAUGGGGUCUACCACGAGAAGAACUACACCGAUAGUGCUGCCACAACCCCGGCCGCGGCGGGAAACAAGAGAAAGGAUAAAGCAACAUCCCGUGCUGAGGAUCUUCACGCGUCCGCGGGGAGAUCUUCGCCAACUUUUAGCGACAGCACGACGACCAAGACUGGCACAACUCUAGUGAAGAAGGCAAAGCAAGUGAAAACCAUCACGCUGGCAGACUAUUUCAACCACUCCGUCGAACCGCACGCCCACACAAAAGCGCCGCGGCGCGCCGACAAAAUGAGCUUGGACGUGGAACUGCAGCAUUUUACCCGCGUCAGCCUCGAAGAAAAACUUUUGAAGCUGUUCGAGAUCCUGCUGUGUGGGCGUGAGGGCAUUUUGGAAUUGGCGGAAUUCGCGAUGACAGCUACUACGGGCGAACAAACCUCCACGCAGGUGCAAAUCACGAAUGGGAACAAGAAUGAUGACGUCGCAUCCGGGAGUUCCUCCUCUCGCAGCCCCUUCUUCUCUCCUCCAUCCCGCAGCACCCCGGGUUCGCAAGCAGAUAAUAACAGCCCUCUCGAGGGCAGCAUAGUCAAAAUCAGAGGAAAAUUCCCCCACAUGCUGCCAACCCCAACCACGGAGGACCGCCGCGCGCAAGAAACGAAUUUCAGUGACGCGUCUUUGAAGCUGGAGGACUACUGGGACAUUGGGGUGGCGCAAACGACCGCGUUUCAUGACGUGUUGAUCCGCCUGGUCGCAAACUACUUUUCCGAUCUGGAGCAGCAGAAGCGCGAUGUGGCCGCUACUUCCUCCAAGAAGAACAACAAACCUAACUUCCUCGACUACCACGUGAACGACACGAUUGACGCGCUGAACCGCCAAACUAUGAACAGUCGUCUCUCAGUCUCCGAAAAGUGUCGCAAGGACUUUGCGCGGCGGGGAGAAGGUCUCGCGACCGCGAGCUUGCUGACGUCGGGGUUGCUGCACCUGUUUUUGUUGCACGACGCAGUGGUGCGGAAAAUGAUUCAACCCGCUCGGUGCUUGAGCGCCAGAAAAGAACCGUGUAUCAAAUUGAAGGAGUCGAAGGACAAAGGCAUCGGCAAGAAUGGCAAGAAAAGCAAGUCCUUCGAACGGAUGGAAGUUCCUCCCCCGGAUCUGAAGAAACUGAAAACGGGUGACUUGUUCCGCAUUGUAUCAAAAGUAAAAAUGUCUGGGUCUGGAAACUUGUGAUGCUGAGUGGCGUCUCAUGAUGAGGCUAAAGAUGCUGGCUCAGCAUGACAAGUUUCUGAGCUCCUAGGUGUUGCCUAUUCCGCAUGACAAACUGCGCUUCUGCAUCACAGAAAAACGGAGCUUGUGGGUAACGUGCAUGACAGAUUUAAGAGUCAUGCCAGACAAGCAUGACAAACAUGAAUUCUUCCAGACCCAGACAUUUUUACAGUUGAUACAUUGGCAGCGUUCACCGAACCUACGGCUGGCGGUGUCUCCCCUACAACGACACCCGCGCACUGCUGUAUGGAUGUGUCAGGAUCGAAAUCGACAAAAUCGAAAAAUUUGUGAUGCAUAAAAUGUACGGCACUGGAGACCUGUAUUGGGGAGCAGGCAAAUGAGACCGAUCGUAAGCCUGACUAGGGGUAUGCAAUGUGCUGCCAGAGUAGCACGACAGGAGCAGUCUUCUUUGCCUAAACAGCAUGACAAACUGGAUUUCGGUUCUACCCAAAUUUGUCAUGCGCCACUUGGAAACUGGAUUACAAGUGGCAUCCAUUUUAUGCAUGGCAAAUCAUUUCAACUUUGACGAUUUCGAUCCUGACAUUCCCAUAUGCUGCUGCACUUGACCGACGAGGACUUCGAGGCGGGAAGCUUGGUGCCGUCGUCGGUGCUACAAAAAAUAGCCGAAGCACAGGAAAUAUCCUGUGCAAAAGUAUCGUACUCGUAGUAAUUGCAGUUAUGCAUUACAAACCUCUUUCUCAUAGGCAAAUCCGCAUUACAAAUUUAAUUUGUAAUGCUGGGCCAAUUUGUAUUGCAAUUUAUACUAGUACGAUACUUUUGCAUUUCAUAGGAAACUCAGAAGAACAAGGAGUCAACUUCCGCGAUGAUGACGGGCACGAAUAAUUCUUUGCCGGGCAAAGGAAAUAAAGGGAAAAAGGGGAAGAAGGCCGCGAAGCAAAAAGAGCUCGAACAAGAGGUGAGGCAAAUGAUCGAGGACACUAUACUGUACGAAAAAAAAAGCCGGCAAACAGCCUGGAAACAGUCCAGCUUGCGCAUCUACGCUUGUGUCACGCUCCCGACGGAAAUAACGACUUCUUCUUCUUCAGCCUCCUCUUCCACGACGACGGGUUAUAACUGCAACCCUGCAGACGCUCUUGCGGACUUUGACGCUUUGCUAGAGGCCAGCACGGAUCUAGCGCCACCAGCGGCUCGGGACUACAAGAUUGUUGGCUAUGUGAUCCUACCCACCAGUGCCACGAAAUGGAACCCGCGUCUCGACCAAAUGAUCGCUGCCGGAGACCGAACAGGAUCAUAUAACGGGAAGAAGCCCGCUCCGGGCCAGACGCAGGUGUGGUUUUCGCCAGACGAGACGUCGGUAGCUAUGUGGAUCGAGGCCGAAGAUCGCAGCAAGGCGUCGGGUAUGGAUAUCCUCGCCCUGCGCGAAGAAAAAAUGCAGGAGGUCGACCUCGAUUACCGACAUGAUCCGCAUGCAGGAGCUCGAGCGCGACUCCCGGGUCAACAAAUCCAGACGAACAUGAUGAGCAUUACGGCGGCGACAGAGUAAAACGAUUUUUCCUCCUGUGAUUUGAUGAAAAACGUUGUUGUUUUCACCAACCGUUAUAUUUUUGAUGAUACUUGCCUAAAUCAGUACACUUGUUGCGAAUAUUGACCUGCCAGGAGCUUACUCGCAAGAAUAAGACAACAGCUGCCUGAAAAAAAUCAUAAUCACCCUCACCCGCGAAUUCUGCAGGUUUGCGAAGCUGAUCAGCAACCGAAAGCAACUGGCACUGAAGCAGAUCGAGUGGUUUCGGCGAACCUUCCCGGAGCUGCCCCUUUUCAACAACACCUUGUUCCACAUGUUGCGCACGGUCCUGCAAGGGUGCACCCUGGAUUUCCGGUACCUCGGCCUAAAGACGGUGUGGCAGAGACUCGCGAUGACGUAUCGAGCUCCACCGCAAGCGUCCGAUAAUUCCAAAGCUGGCUCGUUAAAGGACCGAGACGUGAAAGGCGAGAAGGGCGCGAAGGACAAAGGUAGCAAGGGGCGUGGCAAGAACAAAAAAAACGAGGAGCCCAAGAAGAACGAACAGUCGACCAGGAAUCCAUGGAUGUACAACUCUGGCGGUGAAGCUUCACCAUCUGGGUGGGGCACGUGGUCGUCAUAUAAUUACGAAAGAACGCAUGAUCCCCGAACCAACGGCGCAACUGGCUCGGGAACGAACAGCCCAACCGACGUCGAGUCUCCGCCCGUGGUGAACUUUUCCGCGCUCCAAAACCACAAAGACACCCGGGCGAUUUCUGGCGCCUCGCCACUGUGGCGCUUCUGUCCUGCGGAAAUCGUAUCGGGUGUCGGCGCAGGCGGGGUUUCUCUCAGCACCAAUUUGAACGACUUUCGCAAUUUCUACGAUUACGCCGACCAGCUGCAGAAAAUGAUUUUGAACAAGGACCAGAACCGGGCCCGAAAUUCAAGUUACGACGACAAUCAACAACGCCACGACGAUAGUGAUUACUUCUACGGCAAUGUUGCAGGAGAGGGCAUAGACGACGACGUCUAUAGCGAGGACCAAAUAAAUCAGGAACACGAACAACACAAAUCCGUAGACCAGCUGCAGUUCACACUCGCGAUUGCGGAUGCGCAAUCCCUUGUGGAACAGCAAGAAGCGAACCCGCCUGGCGGGUGGAAUCCGUAUCGCGACGGAGCCGGUCUGCCCCCCGAUGCUCAACAGGUCCUUGCUGAUGUUGUACCUCCGGAGUUUUUAGAUGGUCAGCGUGCCCACUUGUUGCGGCACAAUGCUCUCGCGCAUGCCAGAGCGCUCGGGGCCGAAGAGAGGGAGAGACACGGACGCGGGCACUGGGGACUCGAUGGCCAAUGGCAUGAGGAUGAUCACUUCUCCGAUGAGGAUGAGGACGACUAUUCAAUGGAUGAUGAUUAUAAUUACCAUUGGGCACAAAUGCUACAAGACGAGCUCGGCAUCGAGUUCUUUGGUUGAUGCACUAAGAAGUUUAGUAUUUUUUCCGUGGAACUUACAACUUGUCUGUCUUCACCUGAGCACACGGCGACAUGGAGAUGGUUGAACGCGUUUUGCUUUUGUUUUGUGAUCUCUUUAUUAAUAAAUUUGGGUUCAUGGGUUUUGGGGUCUAGGUACAAGACAUCCCCAUUUUUAUAUCAUCAAAAACGAUUUCCAAGAAACUCAAGGGAUCAAAUACGGGAAGAAAAGACAACUAAAAAGACCAACCAACAAAAAAACUUUCUGAAUGUAUUAAAACCACUGAACAUGGAUACCACUUGCGCGGGGACGAUCCUAC